UUUGUAGCAGUGCUUAAGCUAAUUCAGUCAUCUACAGCUACCCAAUCUGUAACCAUGAGACUAGCGUUCGCUCUUCUAGUCUGGCUUCCAGUCGCAAUACAAGCAAAGAAAUUUUUCAUCCCAAAUCUCAAGGCCAACUGGCACAAGGCCCAUGAGUUUUGCACAUCGUUGGACAUGAACAUGGUAACGGUCGAGUCACAGCAGGAUCACGACGAUUUGGUACGGUUCAUCAAGGGUACGGAUAAGUUUUCCGACGCGACCAGGUUCUGGAUCGGGGCGAGCGAUUUGGCGGAGGAAGGAGUCUACACGUGGAUAUCGAAUGCCAAGUUGAUGACAUUCACCAACUGGGCGGAAGGAGAACCGACCAAUAACGAUUCCGAAAACUGCGUAGAGAUGAUUCACAACACGUAUGUGAAGCGAAUUUGGACGUGGAAUGACAUUGAUUGCCGGGGAUUUCGGGCUUAUUUCAUUUGUGAAGAGCGACGCGGGCAGAACAUUGCAGAGUUUUGAGAAGUGUGCGAUGACGUCUUUUGACAUAUUCAGUAAAAUAGUUUGUAAC